AUGACGGCACCGUUUCAAUCUCAGCUUUGGGAUACGUACGUCUUUCAACUUGCAGAGAGAUAUGAAUUUAUUACUUCGGCACUUGUUGCGCUGAGCAGUGUGCAUGAGACGUUCUCUUGUGGUGUUGAGAACCGGACUCGUUCUCAAGCAGAUGUUCUCCGAUAUUACACCAAAACGAUAAGGGGCAUAAACCAAUCAAUGGAUGCUGAGUUGUCGAUCGACGCCGUGCUGAUGACGAUUUUAAUCUUGCACACUCUCGACAGCAUGCGGAGCUAUUUUCAGAACGCUCUUCAGCACGCCCAAGCAGGAAUAAAAAUCAUCCGGGAACGGCUAUCAAUGUUUCAUGCUUCUGGACAGACAUUAUGGAGUGAAGCCAUGCAUCGAGAAUUUCUUGCCAUGCAAAAUCAGGUUCGAGAGUUCGGUAACUCCGGAGUGUCCAAAGCCUUCGACGCACUCCAAGGAUUUGAACCUCCUUCCUGUGAUCAAUUCAACUCCGUCGAGGAGGCGCUCUACCAUCUCGGAAUCGUUUUCAACGAGAUGUACUGCCUGUCAGAUUACUUGGAGGUUCUCCAGAGCUCAAAAAUAGUCCUUUCUGACGUGUUUGUGAGAAAGAUCCAGCCUCGCUACAAAACUGUCAUUCUCCGAUUCAAGAGCUGGAAACGUGGCUUGCAACAUCUCAAUACAUUGCUCUCCAGUGAUUAUGACCACAGGCAGAGCCAAGCGUGUUUAGUACUCAGUAUGUAUGAAUCACUCUUUAAUGCUAUGCUGGAGAGCUUUCCAUCAGGAAUAUGCUUCGAUAGAUUCGACGCAGACCUGUCCCGAGCCUUGGAUCUGGCCCACAUGUUCAUCGAACGUCAGGCUUCUAGCUCUACGAGUCAUACAGACUUCUCGCUUUCGCUAGGCAUCAUACCCGGGCUUUUCGUGAUUGCUUGGCGAUCGAACGACAACUUUAUUCGCGACAAGAGUUUGGAGCUUCUUCGACGUAGUGACAGGCGCGAGGGUGUUUGGGACAGCAAAGUUGCAUUCCAAAUCGUACAACGAUAUAUCGCACUAAAAACUGCGAGUAUCGCAGAUACGCCCGGCGGCCACGUGCAGAUUUCCGAGAUUUUUUUUGACUCAGACACUACUUGUCAAUUGGUCUGUUGUGUGAUAGGAUCUGAAAUACCGCUUUCAGGAGAGCUCUUGCCGUUUGAGGGCUUAUUAGGCGAACGCAGGUGUGUUGAGACAAUUCAGCUCGGACUAGACUAG